UUUCGAACGACAAAAGUAGACAUAAAAAGGCAGAGUUCGAUGUGAAUUUGUGCAAUUAAUAUUAUUAAAUAUUUUUACACUUUUAUAGUAGACAAUUUUUUAUUCGCUUGUCCAACGAAUUUACAGCGUUUGUCAGCAAUUAGCCCAGUGCGUGUGUAUUAUAAUAAAUAAAUAAUUACGUAUCCACGGUAGGGGCCAAAAGCAAGCAAAUCAUAAAGCAGAGAGCAGAGCAAAGAAAGUUCUAAAAAUAUUUUUGAUCGUCGUGAAAGUCGCAUAUUUUAUAAAGCUUUCAAUUAAAGACCAAAACAGCGCAUACUUAAUUGCAAAAAUGGUAUUGAAAGUGUACGUCAGCGGCAUGUCCGGCAACAAGGAGGUGAAGAAGCGUCAACAGCGCGUUCUGAUGAUCUUGGACAGCAAGAACAUUCAGUACGAUACCAUUGACAUAACAGAACCCGGCAAGGAGAGCGAAAAGGAGUUUAUGCAAAACAAAUCAACUAGCAGCGGCGGCACAGUCAGCGAUCCAGAGCCCAGACAUCCAUUGCCACCGCAAAUCUUCAACGACGAGGAAUAUUGCGGCGAUUAUGAUGCCUUCGACUUGGCCAAUGAGAUUGAUACGCUGGAGGUGUUUCUCAAACUGGCGCCCGCUGAUACAACGGCUGUGAGCAGUGCUCAGAUCGAGCUGAAGCAGGAGAACGGAGUGGCAAAAGAGGGCGAAAAGACCGAGGAUGAAGAAAAGAAAGCUCCAGCGGAAGGCGAAGGGGAAGGCGCGAAUGCGGAGAAGGCAGAGACAGCGACAACAACAGCAGCUCCAGCUGCUGCGGCUCCAGUUCCAGCUCCAGCCGAAACGAAUAAUUCAUCGGCUCAGCUCUUAGAACGAGAGCGCGAAGCUGCGGCGCAAUAAACGAAUUUGAAUUCU